UCACCUAAACAUAAACCGAGAACAAAAAACGCACGAUGCCGUUUUCAAAAUUCGAGCUACGUGCUCUUUCCACCUUAAAACAACACAGUUCCAAACGUUGACGAAAUCCCAAAACUCGAACAUCUCAAUUUCCCAGAGUCUGGUGGUUUUAUUCUAUAAUCUGUUCGAAGAAAUGAGUUUGAAUAGAAGCAGGAGCCCGCCACAUGGCAAGAGGUUCCGAAGCAUCGAACGUGUCUCCUACCGUGACGCACCUCACUCCAGGGACCGUCGGAAUCAUCGGCAAGAUUAUUUGUGCAAUAAGUGUAAGCGACCUGGACAUUUUGCAAGGGAAUGUCCAAAUAUGACUGUGUGCAACAACUGCAGGCUUCCAGGUCACGUCGCUGCUGAAUGCAACUCAACCACUAUGUGUUGGAACUGUAAGGAGCCAGGGCAUCUUGCCAACCAAUGUCCCAAUGAGCCCGUUUGCCAUAUGUGUGGCAAUAUGGGUCACUUAGCUCGUGAUUGCAUAAAUCCCGGACUUCCUGCUCAUGAUGCAAGACUCUGCAACAACUGCUACAAGCAAGGCCACAUCGCUGCUGACUGUACUAACGAGAAGGCUUGCAACAACUGUCGUAAAACCGGUCACCUUGCUCGGGACUGCCUUUAUGAGCCAGUUUGCAACAUUUGCAAUAUAUCAGGUCAUGUAGCCCGACACUGUACUAAGUCAAGUUUGUCAUCAGACAUGGGAAGCCCUUUCCAGAACAUUAUUUGCCGCAACUGUGGCCAGCCAGGCCAUAUCAGCCGUGACUGUGUGUCCAUUGUCAUAUGCAAUAACUGUCAUGGGAGAGGUCAUCUUCAUUAUGAGUGCCCUUCAGCCAGGAUGUAUGACUGUGUUGGUGUACGUAGGUAUUAACUACUAUUAACUAACCGAUGGUUUUGAUAGGAUUCACUUUUUAGCAUACCUUGGUUUGACGUGUUACAAUUUGAUUCUGAAUUGAUUUAUUAUUCAGGUAAUACCCCAUUGCUGUUCUAGCCCA